UUCUCUGCCCUUCAGCGGACGGGAUCUGCCCUGCGGGGAGUUUUCCUGCAGACAUCCCCGCUCGGCUGAGGUGUUCCCCACCUCGAGCCACGCUCCGCUCCGCUGCAGCCCUCGGGCAAUAGCCUGAGGAAUUUUAUCACUAAUUAAUCGCUAAUUACUCACCUCUUCCCGUGAAGGGCGGCUCUUGCUGCUGCUUAGACCUGACGGAAUCGGCUUAGGGAGGGUUUGGGGUUGCUGCAGCCGCGGUGACCUUGGCAGGGCUGUCACACCUUGAGGGCUCGCUGGGGACACCGGGCCGGGAGCACCAACUGGGAGCACGAACUGGGAGCACGAACCGGGAGCACAAGCUCAGAGCACACCGCCCAUGCCCACCCCACAACGACUUCUAAAAUGCUUUGGCUGCUUUUUGGCUGGGAAGGGAAUAAAUAUCCCCGAAAGGUGCCGGGUUUAAUGAGGUUUGUCACGGCUGGGGGGUGUCGGGGGGCACAUCUCGGCCAGGUGUCCCCCCGGGCCCCGCGCAGACGCCCCCAGGUGUCCCCGAGCCGGGCUGGGUGACGCUGCAGGGAGCUGUGCCGCAUCACUCCGCGCUCCUAUCCCUGCUGAUUUAUAUUGCAGCUGCAUUCCCGGCCCCGGCGAGCGCCGGCACGGGGGGGGAACCGAGGGAAGCCGAGGCUGGAGGGCAAGCAGCAUCAUUACCUGCCCUUGCAGGGCUGAGCUGAGCCCAGAGGGGAUGAACCGGGACUGAACUGGUCCCGGGCCGGUCCCAGCGGCGGUGGAAAUCCCCGCGCUCGGCUCCGCGUCCCGCGGGAUUCCUCCCGCUGCGGAUCCCGCUAAUUAAUGACAUGAAAGCCCACGCGAGACCUCCGGGGAAGGAAUCAAAGGCUCCGCCGCAGCUUCCCAGGGCAUGGAUUUAUCCCUGCGGGCCGGCAGCUCCCCCGCAUCCCAGCGCCGCGGCGGAUGGAGGCAGCGGGGACGCCCCCGGACGCGAGUUUCAAUGUUCUGACUUGCUCUAAGAUGAAGGUAUGGAAGUUUGCAGCCAUUGCAUCGAUGCUCCUCAGUUCCAUGUUAUCCAUUUUAGUUUGUAGAGACAUGUUCAGCGGAAGCCGGGAAUUCAGCCCCUUGCCUUCCUCGCCGUCUUCCUCACGGGAUUCCUCCUCCUCCUCUUCUUCUUCCUCCUCCUCCUCCUCCUCCUCCUCCUCGCUGCCGGCGGCUCCGCGGAGAUCCCCACGGGCCCUGCAACGCCACGGCUCUCUGCUGGCCCAGUACAGCGCCUUGCUGGAGAGCUACACGGAGGGCGAGAUCCGCCAGCUGAUCUCGGCGCUGGUGGAGCGCUACCGCCAGGCCAUGAACUCGGGCGGGCACGAGCUGCCGCUGUUCCCCCGCGCCGGCAGCCGCCGCAAGCGCGCCCGCGCCCGCCACAAACCCUGCGAGCUGCGCGAGCUGGAGGUCAGCGUCAGCGAGCUGGGCCUGGGCUACGAGUCGGACGAGACCGUUCUGUUCCGCUACUGCAGCGGCACCUGCGAGGCCGCCGUGCGCAGCUACGACCUCUCCCUCAAGAGCAUGAGGAGCCGCAGAAAGAUCCGGAAGGAGAAGAUCCGCGCCCGGCCGUGCUGCAGGCCGCUGGCCUACGACGACGACGUGUCCUUCCUGGACGCCUACAACCGCUACUACACCGUCAACGAGCUGUCGGCCAAGGAGUGCGGCUGCGUGUGACGGGGCCACCCGGGCAGAGGGACCGGGAUGGAGGCUGGAGCGGCCGGAGGAGGAGAGACUGAGCCGCUGGCGCGUCCCUCGGUGUCACCGUCACAGGACUAGAGACGAGGCCGCUGCCGUGGCGGGUCGGAGCGGUGACGGCGGCUUGAGGCUCUUGUCCCCUCCGCGGGUGGCCCAGCGGUCCCUGCUGAGGUGACAGCGGGCGUGCAACGCGCACGGGGCGCGUGCAGCCCUCGGCGUGCGCAGGCUGCGCUGCGUGUCACCCGUGUCACACGUGUCACGCGUGUCACAGGCUACGUUGCCUGCACGGGCGUGGUGCAGCGCAGGUGUCUCUGGCAUGGGGGACACACACGUGCCAGGGGUUCUGUGCCAGGGUGUAGCACAGGGGUGUGGCACAGGGGUGUGGCACAGGGGUGUGGCAUGUGCAGGGGGUGUUGUGAGCAGUGCCAGCGCUGUGUGGUACUGGACAGGAUGUGCUGCACACUCCGGGUGUGUUUUGGGGUGUGCUGCACACUCUGGGUGUGUUUUGGGGUGUGCUGCACACCUGGCGUGUGUUUUGGGGUGCGUCACAGGUUCGGGGUGCAUCAGGUGCCCUGUGCUGCCCCAGGGUGGGAGCUGAGUCUUUCUCUCUGUAGUUUUGGGGUUUUGUGACCACCCUGAGCUGCUGGGGGAGGUGCAACCGCCCCAGAUCCCGGUGCCUGGGGACACAGAAACGCCGAGAGCGGCUCGUGUGUGGCUCUGACUCCCUCUGGCUUGUGCCCCUUUUGCCAUCGUCUCAUUCCUGCAGCCCUGGGGCUUUUCUUCUUAAAACUCGGGAUAAUCUGAAGUAACUGGAUUAACCUCCUGUGCCCCCGCCACAGGCAGCUGGGCCAGAGCCCGGCCACCGCCAGGGAGGUGACAGAACCUCCCCAGGGCCACCAGCAGAGCCGUGGCGCUCGGCGGCGUGGGCAGGAGCAUCCCUGGUUUGGCGUCUCCCAAAAUCCCCCCGGCUCUGCCGGGAGCAUCCCCCAUCCUCUGCUCGGGGCUGGAAUCCUGCGGGAGAGGGGACUCGGGCCUGGGUUUGGCUCCGCUCGCAUUUACAGCAGUGUCACUGCUGUUUACUCUGCGGGGAAAUAAAUGAGCCCGCAGACUUUCACAUUCCCUGGGCAGGCUCGAGUUGUUGCCUGGGAUUGAUGGGUUUUCUCCCCUUGGCUCCCUUCCCAGAAAAAGCAAAUCAUAAACAGAAGGAGAAUAUUGGUGUCAUGUCCUGGGCAUUAACCAACGUGAGGGAAAACACUCCGUGUGCCACCCCCCCGGCGGCCUGGCUCCUCUCUCUGGACAAACAGGGGGGAAAAUCCCUCGUGCCUUCAUCCCGAGGAGGAGGAGGAGGGCUGCUGGUGGUGAUCCCAGCUCAGGAAAGCAGGAUGGCAUCCCUUAGGAUGGGAUGGGGUCGGAGCAGCAUCUCCAGUGCUGGACCAGCCACAUUCCCGACCUCCACGCAGGCCCAGGCUGGUGGGGAUUUUUUUGGUUCCUUCCUUUUUAUCCAAACGCAGCUCUUGGCUGAGCGGAGCCAGGGUGUAGUGGAGGAAUAUAAACACCAUCCUUCAGCAGGGCUGGCGGCCCAGGAAGGCAGCCUGGACUCUGUAACGCGGAGUUUUCCCUGGAUUUUGGGAAAGGGAGGCAGCCGCGGGUGUGGGGUGUGAGAGCUGCACCCAGGAAAUGGGAGCUGAGAACGGAUAAACUCCACCCUCCAGGUGCAGCUCCCGAACCGAGGUGUGAGUUUUCAGCCCUGCUUUUUGGCUGGAAAUGAGAAAAGUGGCCCAAAAUAAUCAGCUGGAGGAUGGGAAUGGCAGAUGGGCAGCGGGAGCUGUGCUGGGCUCGCUGUGGAUAAGCGGCUCACUCGAGUUUAAGGAAAAAAAAAGCACCCAAAUCUAAUAAUAAUAAUGAUAAUAGUAAUAAUAACUGUCCUCUCAAGGGCUUGGGUGCUUUCCAGGUCUCGCUGCUAUAAAACUAAAAUUAGUUUUGUGGCAGUAAGGGAAAAGGAAUGGAAGCAGAGCAGGGAAGGUGGUGUGGAAGCAGUGCAGGACCUGGUGCCGUGGAGGAGGAUUUGGAGCAGGAGCUGCCUCUGCUCGGUGUUUGCACCCUGGUUUGGGGCAUUUUUUGGCAGAACCCAGGGAUUUAGGGUGCCUUGAUGGUGGGCACCCACCCGAGGGACCCUCCUCUUGCCAGGGUGGUGGUGGAAGCAGCAGGAAGAUAAGGGAGCAGCAGCUCGUGCUGGGACAUCUCAGCUGCCAAAAUCCCCCAUUCCCAGUGCAAAUCCAGCUUGGAGCCCCCAAAACCAGGAGGAAAACCUGACUCAAUGCGAUGGUGUGUUAAAACCAGCAGGAAUAGAUCCAAUCCAUCAUUUUUUGUAUUUUUUUGUUUUGUUUUUAAUUUCCCCCUGCUGGCAGUGCAGCUCCGGCCCGUGUGGAGGGGAUGUUCCCCAUCUGCCUCACGCUGCUCCUGCUGGGUUUUUUUGGGAACAGCUGGGAUUUACAGCCACAAAAAACUCCCCGAUGGGGUGAGCUGGGGCAUCGUGGUGUGGCCAAAAGGAUGGGUUCUGCUUCCAUGUCUUUUUCAGGGCUCCUCCUCCUCGUGGAGCUCCUCCAGCUGUCCCGGUGCCAUCCCGCUGCCAGCCGGCCCUGGAAAUGUGGUUCCAAUAGAAAGGCUGAGGUUUCCCUAAUGCUUUCCAUUUCUCCAGCCCCCUCUGCUGAAAUAGGAGCUGGAGCUGCCCGGAAGAAUGUCUACAAUGCAAAAAAAAAAAAAAAAAAAAAAAGUGGAAAAUUCCCUCCUCAAAGCCCCAGCAGAAUCUCAUCUGGCUCCUUCCGCAGCAUCCCGUGUGCUGGCUAAUAUUAAUAUUAAUAUUAAUAAUAAUGACCAGCGUGCAACAGCUGUUGUGGGGAUUUUGGGGUUGGGUUUUUGUUUGUCUGGGGCUGCAGCUCCUCCCGGGAGAGGAGGGUUUGAGGAGCAGGAGGUUUGGAAGCGCGAGGAGAUGUUUAAAUCGAUGCUGGUGCUUGUGACGGCGCAAAGUCCCAGGGUCGGGCUCUCCCAGCCCUGCCACGGUGAGUUCUGGGAUUUCCAGGGGGUUUUCCAUCAGGACACGCCGUGCUUGGGGAAGGAUCCACGCAUCCCACAAACCCCUCGGGAUCCCGUUCGCUGCCAGGGCCUCGCUCCCAAUUUGGGAUCCGCGGGGGGGAAAUCGGGUCCGACAUCGCGGUUUCCACUCGAUGGAAGCGCUGGAAUGAGGGAAUGUUCUGGGUUUGAAGAGCUCCGGGACCCUGCUGGGCAGAAAGGAUUUUCCCAACGGAUCAAGAGAAAUGAUGUUUUGGUGGGAUUCAGAGCCCGUGGUGGGUUGGGAACGGGGCUGCCACGUGUUUUCCUUCUGGGCUAAACAAAGCGUGGCCUCGAAGGGGAGGCCCAAGAGAAAGGGGGGGAAAAGGGGAAAGGAAAUAAAAGAAAAAGGAGGAAAAGGGGGGAGA